AAACUUCUAUUUCUCCGUCUCAAUUCUAUUUUAAUUUAAUUAAUUAUUAUAAUAAUUAUUAUUAUUAGAACCUUCCCCGUCGCAACUAACCACCGUUAACCACCAAUGGCCACUGCAUCAUCCGACGUCGUUUUACAAACUCCGGUGCUUGAAAAAGAAUCACACAACCUGCUGAACAAAAUAUCUUCGGAAGGCGGUUACGCGUACGUGAGCAUGACCACGCGCGCAGCGCGUGGGGACAUACGGGCGGCGGAGGCGGCGCGUGAGAUGGCGUGGGAGCAGCUCCACUCCGGGCCGUGGCACUCGGUGUUGCCGGUGUGGCGAGACGCGUACGCGAUGGCGUGUUUGCACGUGGCGAAGUGUUAUUAUGCGAACGGAGAGUAUAAAGAGGUUAUUAGGGUUUUAGAUAUGGGAUUGAUAAUGGGAGGGACGUUGUUGCGUGAGGAUUUGGAGUUUGCGGUUCGAAAAGCGGUGGAGAGAGUUAAUGGAGAUGUUAGGGUUUCGGAUGAAGCGGUUAAUGGAUGUGCGAAAGCUAAGUUGUUAAUGAAUUGUGAAAUUAACAUGACGGAGGUCCUUCAAACCUUACCGAAAAAUUCAUUGUCUUGUAAACUUGUUGGCAAGAGAUCCGCACUUUCAUUGGAGGGAUUUAUGUGCGAAUAUUUUCUCUCAGGUUCACCGGUUUUGUUAAGUGAUUGUAUGACUCAUUGGCCAGCUAGGACCAAGUGGAAUGAUUUGAGUUACCUUAAAAAGGUUGCGGGAUACCGAACAGUUCCUGUUGAGGUUGGAAAAAACUAUCUAUGCAACGACUGGAAGCAAGAGAUGCUAACGUUUUCUGAUUUUCUUGAGAGAAUUCAGGCUAACGGGCCCGAUGUCCCGACUUAUUUAGCCCAGCAUCCUUUGUUUGAUCAGAUACAAGAGCUAAGGAAUGAUAUACUUACCCCUGACUACUGUUUUGCUGGUGGAACUGAAAUGAAGUCGGUCAAUGCUUGGUUUGGUCCCGCUGGCACAGUCACACCGCUACACCAUGACCCUCAUCAUAAUAUUCUCGCUCAGGUUGUUGGAAAGAAAUACGUUAGGCUCUAUCCAGCUUCAUUGUCGGAGGAACUUUACCCGCACGCUGAAUCCAUGUUGAAGAAUUCCAGCCAGGUUGACUUAGACAACUUUGACCCAAAUGAGUUCCCAAAUUUUGAAGACGUUGAAUUCAUGGACUGCAUUUUAGAAGAAGGUGAGAUGCUUUACAUCCCUCCUAAAUGGUGGCACUAUGUGCGAUCACUCACUACAAGUCUUUCGGUUAGCUUUUGGUGGAGCGCUUUGCCAAGCUCACCGACGUCCUGAUAUGGUCAAUUACAACAUUUAGCUUUUGUGCUCGAAAUUUUGGACUUUUUAACGAUCAUUGUCGUUAUUAUUAUUGUUAUAUGUAGAAGAAUGGUCAGUCUCCUUGAGAGGCUUUAUAACAUUGUACAAGUUGGCUUCUUGUUAUUUCUAUCCAUUAUAAGUCUAUUUAUCGGCUA